CCUCUAUUUGUGCAACCCAACCUCUUCAAUCUACAAAAGGGCCUUCUAUUCAACAUUCCUAGCAUUUGAUCUGCACUGUUGUCCUGAUAAUUCCCGUGUUGUCAGCAAAAUGACGGACUUCGACGCCCUCCUCGCCGAGUACACCGAAAAAGGGAACGCCAAGGUGCAUGGAGUCAUCUGCAAAUGCAUCGAUCGCAGCGGAGCCGAAGUGUACAGCAAAGUAGCCGGCUACAACUCCCUCGAUCCCGACUCUCCGCCGCUGCACGAAAGCGCCGUGCUCCAACUCGCCAGCGCGACCAAGCUCAUCACCAGCAUCGCCUUGCUGCAAUGCGUGGAAAAGGACCUUAUCACUUUAGACCAACCGUUAACGACUAUCCUCCCCGAGCUCGACGGGAUCGAGAUCCUGACCGAUGUUGUGGACGGUCAAUUCAGCUUCGAGCCCAGCACGACGCCCAUCACCGCGCGCCACCUCUUGACGCAUACUUCGGGGUUGGGCUAUCGAUUCACCCACCCAUUGCUGCGGCUGAGGGCGGAAGCGCGGAAGAACGAGACCCCCUCUCUCCGUGUAAUCGAGCGAUACAAGAUGCCAUUGGUGUUCGAGCCCGGCACCGGUUGGCUGUACGGAUGCAGUCUGGACUGGGCGGGGGUAGUAGUUAGUCGGCUACAUGACGGGGUUAGUCUGGGGGAUUACUUCGUGAAAAACAUAUGGAAGCCGCUGGGACUGUCGGCGCCAUUCCCCCGGUUCAACAUCUCGGUGCACGCCGAGUAUCAUGCGCAGCUCAUGCAGGGGGCGCUCCUCACGCCGGAAGGGCGCCUCGAGCCGCUGGAGCGGUGGGCGUUCGAUAACCCCGAGGACCAGGAAGGGGGCAGCGGCUUGUCGGCGACGACGAAGGACUUUGUCGCUGUGCUCGCGGAUCUGGUUUCAGACGCACCGAAGCUGCUCAAACAGACGACGGUCGCCGAGAUGUUCGUGCCCCAGCUGGCGCCCAAGUCGCCCAGCGUGCAAAACCUCUUGGAGCUGCGGCCGGCGUGGGACACCGUCGCGGGUCCCAUCGCGGAUAAUGCAGUCAACCACGGCCUCGGCGGACUGUUGUGUGUGGGCGCCGUGCCGGAGAUCGGCCAGCCCAAGGGCAUGCUGGCCUGGGGAGGAGCCUCGAAUAUUGUCUGGUGGAUGAACCGCGAGCUGGGGUUGGCAGGCUUCUUCGCGACGCAGCAGGCCCCCUUCGGCAAUCCCACCGUCACGAAGCUGGUCAACGCGUGGAAGAAAGAUUUCUGGACGCAGUACAAUGCGAUUGAUCUUUCUUAG